AAAUAUAUUAAAAAUAUGGCUUCAUCCAGCAGCAAUGUGGAGAACUUGUCACCUCAGACCAUCAGAGCCCUGAUGAAGGAGCAGGCUGAGCUCACCAAAAAUCCUCUCGAAGAUAUUCAGCUCCACCUCAACCAGCAGGACGUCACUGACAUACAGGCCACCAUACAAGGACCAGUUGGCACACCAUUCUCAGGAGGACACUUCCGAGUGAAGCUGGUACUCGGCAAGGACUUUCCAGCAACGCCUCCAAAAGGAUUCUUCCUGACACGAAUAUUCCACCCCAACGUUGCUGCUAAUGGCGAAAUUUGUGUAAAUGCCUUGAAAAAAGACUGGACACCAAGUCUUGGCAUCAAACAUAUUUUAUUGGUUAUCCGCUGCCUGCUGAUUGUCCCCAAUCCCGAGUCAGCUCUGAACGAAGAGGCAGGACAGCUGCUGCUGGAGGCCUACGACGACUACCACGCCAGAGCCAAGAUGAUGACUGAGAUACAUGCCAUGAGCAACAAGACGAAGUGUGAAGGCGUUGAGGAGGAACACGAAGGGCCAGCUGCCAAGAAGCACGCGUCUGACAAGGUCGUGGCUGACAAGAAGAAGCAAAUUAAGGACAAGAAACGAGCCCUUAAGAGGCUAUAACGUGAGCCUUAAAAGGCUAUAACGUGAGCCUUACAAGGCUAUAACGUGAGCCUUACAAGGCUAUAAUGCGAGCCUUACAAGGCUAUAACGUGAGCCCUUGAAAGGCUAUAAAGCAAGUGCUGAUGUCUUGAACUUGCCGCAAGCAACAGCAAUCAAGCCUUCACCUGCCUGGCAUCUGACGUUGAAAUAAUGUCGAUUAAACGAUGUUUAAUGUUGUUUGAAGUAACGUCGAUUGAAGGUUGUUUCACAAAAUAAAUUAGUUCGUAAUAUUGUUUCAACGUCAUUCGCGUGGUGGGGUGUAGGCUGCUUCAUUCUAUGGCAUUUUUAGUCCAUUAUUGUCUAUGUUUCACUGACAUUUACUGAUAGUGUUCAGCUAACCUACCUACAACUCAUUGUUUUCAGUUCGUCUUACUUCACGUCCAUUAGAGAUAAUAUCUUAACUUUUCAGGCUAAUAUUCUUAUGUGAAUUGAUGCACAUGGAACACGAUUAGAAAAACUAUUUCUGGAAAAUGAUGAGAAAAAAUAUUUUCCUCCAUGAUAUUUUAAUUUGUUAAAUGUCAGUGUUGACCGUUUCAUUAGAACUUCCUAUGAGUAAUUUGAUAGCUGUAACCAAUUAGUUUUCUCACAACAUUGCUCUAGUUUCAUUGCAAUUUAUAUCUAUGUCUGAUGAUGCACUUCUCAUUAUCUGAAGAUUUCCCUCAGCCUCACUAAAAAUAUUCGUUCAUUAUGAGGAACUAAGUCCAUUUGUUCAUGCCAGGUGGUAUAAUAUUAGUGAGCUUCGUAUCAUCAUUUUUAAUGGACAUUCUCCAGGCGUAGGUUUCAUUUGAAUCACUCCAUUCGACUCGACGAAUAAGUUUAAUUAAACUUUACUACACUCGGAAGUGGA